GACGACAUAUAUGAAAACACGACCAGAGGCCGGAAAACCGAAGCGCCCGGCGAGCUUCUUAUUCCCAAAAAUCGAAGCACAGGCAACCUGCUUGCGUAUGGCCACAAAGGAACAGAGAAGGCUCGAAUACGCUUCUCAUUCGAUGCAGGACCGUCAGCUGCAGAAUAUGAUAACAUCUCGAGAUCUCCUAUCAUGACAGAGCACGAGCAUGGCCUCGGAGCAUCAGGGCUUAGGCGUAUUCGACAACAACCCCCCUCCCGAGUACCAACUAUUCCUUCUUCUGAGGUCUCUUCUCGGAACCAUUCAGUCGGCCCCCGAUCAAGUUCCAUGACCUCGUCCUUCCCCAACUCACGCUCGGGAUCUCUGGCACCAGGAUCAUCUUCGCCUACUCUUAACUUCACCGAAGACUUAAGUCGAUUUCCUUCCGAAUCUCUGCAUUCAUUCUCCUUCGCCCAUCAGUCCGAAGAAGCCAUUCAUAAUCGCCAAAAUGUAUUGAAGAGGUCUGUGGAGUUCAUGUCCCAGAAGAUGGGGUGGGUGAAUACAAACGCUGGCAUAGCAAGCGCUCAAGCGCGGGUCAGCGGAGACCACGAUAUGCAAAACAUGUUGGAUCUGUUGGCAAGGGCAAAACUUGUAGGGGCAAACAACAUUUCGGGUUCUGGCCAAGCAGCUUUUGCAGGCCCACUAACUGGACCUGCAACAGCCGAAGACGCUGCAAACAUUUUUGAUACUAGUUUUUUCUCUCGUUCAGAUAGUCCCAAUAUGUUUGAAAGUCCUCAUUCAUCGCCGAAUACCCUGCGAAAGCCUGUUCUUGCGGUCCAAACCGUCCCUGAAGACACAGUACAGUUAGACGAGCCAAAGAAUGAGAUGGAGACUUUUUCUGAGCCAAAUUCCGAGCCUUCGUCUAGAACCCAAACCAGCGGAAGCCGGACAACCGCAAAGACUUCACCUCCAGUCACUCGGCGGCAAAGUCUCAAAAGAACAUAUACAGACACAGCACCUUUGACUUUAAAGAACAAACUCAUGGACGCUUUAGCACAACCAUUCAUAGCUAAUGAUGUUUUCCACGAACCAAUUCUGUCCCCUUCAAGUCCUCCGUCUUCUUUUGGGAUGUCUGGCCCUCAUCCUCUUGGCCCCGCUGUACAUGGUCAUUCAAGUCGAUGGGCUCCCGCAGCGCAGGCCAUAUUUACCACAGACAGUACUGCACCGUAUACGGUGCUAGCAGCGAAUGAUCUCGCUUGUCUCGUCUUUGGUGUUACAAAGGCAGAAGUGCGGAAAAUGGGCAUAUUGGAAGUAGUACAAGAGGAGAGGAGAUCUUGGCUGGAGGAAAAGUUGCGCUCACCCGGAACUGUUUCUGGACUGCCGUCGGGGAAACAAACUCCCCGUUUACCUGACGAAAGUCAGAGCCAGCAUACAAGCCCAACCUCAACAACCUCUUUCCUCCUUGGGCGAACUGGAGUCACGGCUAGUCUUCUCAACAGGCCAAACUCUCGACAGGCCCCCAAAACGCCUCGUAGGGCGCAAACUGACGAUGGCGCAGGCUCUAGUAUCGUCGCAAGGACGAAGGCUGUCAAGGGAGGUCUAUAUCAUCCUAGCAAUAAGUCCCGGGGCGUCUUACUCUGUGGCGAUGUAGUACCUAUUCAGAAGAGAAAUGGAGCAACCGGUUCGGCAAGCCUAUGGGUCAAGGAGAAAAGAGGAGGUUUGAUUUGGGUCCUCGAGGAGAUUCAUGAAGAUGUGUCUGUCCUGAGUCUUGAUGAUGAUGCCCAAGUUACAAAGAUUACUGGCGCCACUGGCCCAAUCUGGGGUGAAAAUAUCACUCGAGUUGGAAUGGACAUCGGAAAGCUCUUACCAAGAAUACCCCGACAAGGAAUCGACUCCAGAACGGGUGAGAUUGAUUACGCAGAAGUCGCAAAACGCAGAUAUUUUACAGCUCGUAACUCGGGGCGCGUGAAUAUUCCUUGUGCGGUUGAUAGGGUCCCAGGUGGUACCGAUCUGCGUGUCUCUAGCUUCCCACACAUCGCAGGCAUCAUGGUCCUUUCAGCAAAAAGUUUAGAGAUUACAAGCUCCAAUUCUGUCUUCUCCGCCGCAUUAUUUGGGCAAGAAAAGCCCGACGGGCGCCCAAUUACCGACCUCAUUCCUGACUUCGACCGGAUCUUGAAAAUUCUAACCGAUGAGGAUGGCGUGCGUUUAGUUGAUGGCAUUGUUGUACCCGAGCAUAGUUUUCGCCGUGCCCGAGCAUUCUUAGCUGUACGAGAUGGAAAGGCAGAUGCCGCAUCAUACUUUCUACGACCUGAUGGCCUCCCUGCUAAGCAUAGAGACGGUUCAGAAAUCAAGAUCGAUGCGCAGCUGAGGGUCGUGAAGUCGGAUUCCAACAAGCCUGGUUUCGACGAGAAUGUAAUCGAGGAAAGAAUCGAUGAAGAGGAGGAUCAUAGUGGAUCGAAAUCAGAAUCAUCAGCGGAACUUGUUUACGCUCUAUGGAUUACUUACUCACGCCAUAUUCACGCCAACAGAGAGAACCUUGGCGCCGCUUCACCACUGCUUUCGGGUUGGCAGACUCCUUUACAUCAGCCUUCUCCCGGACAGACCGAAAUUGCUACUCCCAUGGAGAUGGACUCAGAUGAGCCGAAGAAUGAACCGUCUCAUGCUUCUCUACUUACUGCUCAUCUCAAGGCUGCCGCCAUAAAAACUGCCGCCAAGAUCACUGGGCGCGAGCCCCCAGCCCCCAAGGAAGUGAAAGAAAAGGACAUCGUACCAAAAGUUGUCGAGCCAGUUGAGAAAAAGACAAUCGAUGACUUUGUCAUUCUCGAAGAAAUGGGUCAAGGUGCUUAUGGGCAGGUGAAACUUGCAAGAUACAAGAAGAACGGCAAUCGUAAGAUGGUUAUUAAGUAUGUUACGAAGCGACGCAUCCUCGUAGAUACAUGGACUCGGGAUCGGAAGCUAGGAACUGUUCCCCUGGAGAUACACGUUCUUGACUACCUGCGUCGGGACGGACUUAAGCAUCCAAACAUUGUCGAAAUGAAUGAUUUCUUCGAAGAUGAUGUUAAUUACUACAUCGAAAUGAUACCGCAUGGAUUACCUGGGAUGGAUCUCUUUGAUUAUAUCGAACUUAGAGUCAACAUGGAGGAGAACGAGUGCCGCAGCAUAUUUGUCCAGGUUGCAAAGGCGAUCCACCAUCUGCACACGAAAGCCCUUGUGGUCCACCGCGAUAUUAAAGACGAGAAUGUAGUUUUAGAUGGGGAAGGAAAUAUCAAAUUGAUUGAUUUCGGGAGCGCUGCGUAUAUCAAGAACGGGCCCUUCGACGUCUUUGUUGGUACAAUCGAUUAUGCAGCCCCUGAGGUCCUAGCUGGCAAGCCAUAUCGGGGUAAAGAGCAAGAUGUCUGGGCUCUGGGGAUAUUACUUUACACCAUCAUCUACAAGGAGAACCCAUUCUACAGCAUUGACGAAAUCAUGGACCGCGAUCUCCGAAUCCCAUACAUCAUGAGCGAGGACAGCAUUGACUUGAUCCGCAAAAUGCUAGAUCGCGAUGUGUCUUCCAGAAUCACGAUCGAGAAAGUGAUAGAGCACCCUUGGUUUUCAACCGACGAAGAUGAUUGA